GUCUCCACUCCAUCGGUCUCUCCAGCGGCGGCCGGCCCUCGUCUUCUCCGUCUGGCGUCUGCUACUCUGCUCCGAUUCCCUUCACCAAACAUCAGAGGUGAAGAAUAGAAGGAUUUCGAGUGACGCCUCACUGUUCUUUCAAUUUAAUGGCUCGACGUCGGCGACUCAAAACCCUAACCCUACCGGAACCAAGUAGAGAUUUAAUUAGUGAGCUGCCGUUAGAGGUAAAGGACAGAAUUUUGGAGUGUUUGCCCACCCGAGAGGCCGCCAGAACUGCUCUGCUCUCAAGGCACUGGAAUGAUGUUUGGUUGCAGCAUGGGCGGCUUGUAUUCGAUUGGGAAUUCUUGCAAAGUCUCCAACAGUGCGAAGACGAUGAAGGUAGAAACCUCGUGAAAAUAAUGAAUGAUAUCCUCUUUUUUCGUGCUGGGCCGAUCAAGAAAUUUACUUUACAGAUUUUAUGUGAUGAACCUAAGCCGCAGCAGUCUAAAUUUGAUAGGUGGUGCCUUUUUCUGUCAAGAAAUGGUGUGGAGGAACUUAACCUAUCUAUAGAGAGUUAUAAUGAGAGUUAUAAACUGCCAUUUUGUUUACUCUAUUGCAAGACAAUUAAGCAACUGAUAGUCCAAGAACUCUCUAUUGAUUUGCCAGUAAAUGAUUGUGGUAUAUUUUCCAAUGUCACUUCAUUAGCUUUCUUGUAUGUUAACUUUAAGCGCAGUGAUAAUGGAAUUGCCUCUAGGAUUAGUAUUCCUAAACUUGAGAAGCUGGCUUUCGAACUUUGUUGCGGGAUCAAUAAGUUUGAGAUUAGCCCUCCAAAGCUUGAAAUCUUGUCUGUUAUUAAUUGUAUGGGAAAUGUGGUUGAGUCGAGAUGGUUGGCACCGCAUUUGAAAGGCAUUAAGACUCUUUGGUUGUGUGGCUCUUCGUUGGAGUGUAUGGAUGUGUCUAUGUUUCCAAGUGCAAUGAAUCUUCAAGUGUUGAAGCUGUAUAAUAUACUUGUCAGUUGUGGUAAGCAGCUCAGCGUUGCUAUGCAAUUGCUUAAAGCAUGCCCCAACCUAUGUGAACUGCAAAUUAUGGCAGAUGAGUUUAGUCAGAAGGACAACGUAGAAGAAGCUACUUCAAGGCUUUUGGAGGAUCCAGACGGUUGCUUUGUUAUUCAGGAGAUGAAGAUGCUUAACACAAUCAAGAUUGAAGCAUUUAGUGACUCUGCACUCGAAAUGCUUUUUAUAAAAAUGUUGCUCUCAAAAUCUCCUGCGCUAGAGAGAGUUGUUAUUGUGAAGAGUGACUAUACGGGUUCAUCCGAGGCUUAUGCCGCACGAGCAAUUAUGAUGUGUCUAUGUAUAACAACUGGUUGGAUACCCAUGGUUUUAGGCUUAUUCAAACUCGGCGAAUCUCCACCCCCACAGGUCCAAUUUGGAUGCCUUGAAAUGCUUGAUUGGAGAAUCUGCAAUUAUGCACCUUCAAUGAAGAUGAAAGGUGGGUUCACUUGGUGUCUUUUGUGGAUGAUUUGUAGAGGUGGUGGAGAUGAGCUGAAGAGGUGGGAUGGCAACAUUAAGAGAAGGGAUUUUCCUAUUUUUAUUUUAUUGUACUUUAAGUUUUAUAAAAAUUUAAAAUAUAGAAAAGCUAACAAUAUAAUGCAAUAGAUAUUGACAUAUCUUCACUAACAUGUUUGCAUUGUUAAUGUAAUGCCUUAGGUUAAUCUGGUUAGUCUAUUGAAGUGUGUUGAUUAGGGCGAACAGAAUGCUGGGAAUGAAGGUUGGCACCAAUUGCAUCAUUUGCUUUGUUUCUUCUACUUGCGAAAUUAAGCAGAGCAUGCAUCCAUGGACUAAUGGCGCCCGUUUGAACAUUAGCUUUAUUUACAAACUUGCACCAUCAAUCAUUCCAAUUAGAAGAUGGAUUGAGAAAACCAUGUUUAUCAUUAUUAAAUUAUUAGGAAAAAUCUCACUUUC